AUGAAAUCUACUUUUUGUCUACUAUUCUGGGCCUGUUUGACUCCUGGCAUCAUAGCCACGCUAAACCCUCGCAGUUUGAACUCUACUGCUCCAAAAGUGAAGGUUGAGAACGGCACAUAUAUUGGCUUCCAUGACCCCGUCCUCAAUACAGACAACUUUUAUGGAGUUGCCUAUGCACAGCCACCUCUAGGGGACUUGCGGUUCAGACAGCCGCAAUCUCUCAAUACCACCUGGCCCGGCAACCGCGUUGCUGUAGACUGGCCCAAGGAAUGUGUUGCAUCAAGUAAGACUUCUAUGCAUAUGUCCGAAGAUUGCUUAUACAUGGGCAUCAUUCGCCCUGCGAACAUCACACAAGCAAAUCUCCCGGUCAUGGUGUUCCUUGAGCAAGGCGGCUUCAACAAUGGUGGUGUUGGCUACUAUUCGGCUUUCAACCAGACAUGGAUUGUUCAACGCUCUUCUGAUAUCGGUUUCCCCAUCCUUGGAGUCGCGGUCAACUCCCGAAUAGGCCCAUGGGGCUUCAUGUAUAGCCAAGAGAUACAAGACACACUUAACACCAACCUAGGGCUACGAGACAUGCGCAAGGCGCUUGAGUGGAUCCAGGAGAACAUCGCUGCCUUCGGAGGAGACCCCUCACGCGUCACAAUUCAGGGACAAAGCACUGGAGCACAGUCAGUGGGACUUCAACUCCUCGCAUAUGGCGGAGACAAUGCCAACCUCUUCCACGGCGCCAUUUCAGAAAGCGGUGCACCCGUCUGGUACGCGCCAACCGCAGAUGUGAGCUUGUGGCAACCAACAUACGACAGCUUCGUGAAAGCAGCAGGCUGCAGCACCGCAAAGGAUAGCCUACAAUGUCUUCGUGAAGUAUCCAACACGACCCUCAUCGACAUCUUCAGCAACACAACCCUCGACCCCUUCGGCUCGAAUGCGCCACGUGAAUUCAUGAUGGCCGUCGACGGCGACUUCAUCCCAGAAGCAAACAGCGUCCUACUACAAUCAGGAAAAUUUGCACGUGUCCCAUAUCUCAUCGGCACUAAUUUCGACGAAGGCACGACCGUCGGCCCAAAGCCUGUUAACAACGCUAGUGAUCUCAACGCCUACCUCGUCAAAGAGAUGAUGACCAUCGAUAACGCCAGCCUGGCUACUAUUGGCUAUCUCUAUCCUGACAUCCCAGAGAUUGGCAUCCCAACCACUUACCAAGGCCGCCCUCCGUACAGCGAUACGUACGGACUUCAGUGGAAGCGCUCGUGUGCCGUUGGGACGGACAUCAUCAUGGACGCACCUACCCGGCUCACGACAUUAUCUAUGGCGGCAUACAACUCAACGGUAUACCGAUACCACUUCAACAUCGUUCCGAAUGGAUACACCAAUCUUCAGGGCUCCACACAUGCGUCGGAGGUCCCGUUGACGUUCUAUAACCUUCCCGGUCUGGGCAGUACCGUUCCCCCGCUCGGUGGACCGAAUAGUGACAAGCUAGUCAAAAUGGCUCAAAUAAUGAGCGCCAUGUGGAUUGGAUUCGCUUAUAGCGGAGACCCAAAUUAUAUUAUUCAGAAGAUUGGCCCGGAUGUUCCUGUUUGGCCUCCUUAUACGCUACCUGAGCCGAGGAACUAUGUUUUCACGAUCAAUGAGACUCUGUAUACGGAGCCGGAUACUUUUCGGGCUGAGGGUAUUAAUUGGCUUAUGGAUAUGAUGGUUGCUUCGAAGAAUAGGAACUGUACUAGUAUCGCGGCGUGUGGAGGUGCUGCUGACACUAUGAAUGGGGAGACGGGGGGUAUAUAUGGGCUUUGA